AUGCUCAAAAACCUUGUUGACAUUCGUAUAUCUAAUAACGCUAUCCGGGGCACUGUCUCACUGAUCUCUUUGAUUAGCAAAUUCAAACUAACAAGUCUAGACCUGUCCUCAACUAAGCUGACCAUUGACGUAGAUGAACGCGUGCAUCUGUACUCUAAACCUACAUUGGAGACUUUAAAACUGGGGAAACUGCAUCCGAACGUAUUCCCUACUUUCAUUUGCAAUUUGACUCAUCUUAAGCAAUUGAAUUUGUCUCAUUCCAACCUCAUGGGACCUAUUCCUUCUUGCAUCUCCGAACUCAAAAAUCUCCUGUACUUGGAUUUGUCUAACAACAAACUCCGUGGUCCUCUUCCUGUUUUACCUCAAGGUAUCUAUCAUUUGGAUUUAUCACAAAACAAGCUUGAUGGUGACAUCUCAUUAAAAGCUGGAGAAAGAAUAUCGAGUGCUAGAGAAAUUAGUCUAAAUGGAAACAAACUUUCGGGUACCAUUCCAUCUUCAAUAUGUUCACCAGAACCAAGGAAAACAUAUGAUCCGGUAUUCAUUGAUCUCUCAAAAAACAAACUGUCUGGGACUAUACCUUCUAGUAUAGGGUCAUGCAGUUUACUUUGGUAUUUAAACCUAGGCAACAACAAUCUUUCUGGAAAUGUUCCGAAUGAGCUUCAACAAGUAGAACGUCUACAAUAUCUUCAAUUAAGCCAUAACAAACUCAAUGGUACUUUCCCCAAGUCCAUAGAAAAACUUUACUCCUUGCAAGGUCUCGACUUAGGAUAUAACAACUUUGAAGGUAAUAUACCGUCUGGUUUUGGUUCACCGACUGACCUUAGGAUUAUUUCUUUAAGGUCAAACAAGUUCAAUGGGUCCAUUCCUAUAGGGAUUUACAUUACCUUUUUCCUUCAAAUAUUAGACUUGUCAAUAAACAAUUUCUCAGGUCCCAUUUCAAGAGAAAUAACAAAGUUGAUGAUGCUAAAAGUUACAACUACUCUGUACCUAAGGCGAACGCAAAAUGGUAAAAUGCAAUUUCAGUUAGCCAUUAAAGGCAGCGUGGCACAAUUUGAUGACCUAUACGAAUAUAGUUCAGGAAUUAAUCUAUCAUGCAACAUUCUGGAUGGACAAAUUCCCACAGAGAUAGCUUCUUUAAAUGGGCUUGCUAUGUUGAAUCUGUCGCAUAAUCUUUUCUCCAAUAAUAUUCCACUGAAUGUCGGAAACAUGUCUAAAUUAGAGUCUUUGGAUUUAAGUUUCAAUAGACUAUCUGGACAUAUCCCGCAAUCUUUGACAUCGAUCGAUUCUCUUGGGUUUUUAAGCUUAUCUCAUAAUAAUUUAAGCGGAAAGAUUCCAAGAGGAAAUCACUUUGAUACGUUGAGUUUGGAGGGUUCUACUUUCGUUGGGAAUGAGUUUUUGUGUGGAUUUCCUACGGAGAAAGAUUGCGAGGGUAAACAUAGUAUUGGUAUCGAUAAAACUAAUCCUUCAAGUGAAACUGAUAACGAUGAUAAAGAGGAUGCAAAACAGAAGCUAUUGUUGUAUGCUAUUGUUUCCUUAGGAUUUUGGAGUUUGUUUUUAGUUUUGCUUCUAAAUAAACAGAAAUGGUGGUUCCCUUAUUGGAGAAUUGUUGAUUCAGUUGCCGUUGCAAUAGUAAAAAGAUGUAUACAUAAAAAUGAGUAA